AUGUCAGACCCUCUCCCUACCAAUUCCCGGACUGCGCCAACUUGGUCGCCUGUGAUACGGCGCGACACACCAAAUGUCCGUGCUAAGCCAAUCAUUGGCCGAGAUCACGUCCUUGAUUUGGAUGCCAAAGACCGCAAGGUACUCCUCGAGGGACCAACCGUGGAUGUCAUUGCCCGCGGUAUCGUCAUCCGGAAAGACGUAGCUCUUCGUGCGUUGAUAGCUUCAUGCGAAAAGGCCAAUGAUGUCGUUCAGAUCACGCCCCAAAUCACACGAUUUCGUAUGCAUAGUCACGCCGAUGAAAGAAGUAUCAAACGCUUGCUUGACGUAUUCACUACAUCCAAGCUUCUUGGCCUUGAUCGCGUUGACCUUGUGUCCGUUCUCGGCAUCCACUACACUCACUCUGCACCUCUCCUCGGCACCCUUUGCGCGCUCGUAUCAUCUCGACUUCUCAGUAUUAGCGAGCUCGAGAUGUUGGAACUCUGCCGCAGAAGGUUCAAGAAGCAGAUACCCGACAUUCUUGAAUUCGAGAAUUGGCUCAAUGGAAAGGGCAAGGAAGGACUUAAAAAGGCUAUGGCGGCAUGCGACAAAGUACAUAAGAUGACAAGGCAACCAGUCACUCGGAGAAAGUGCGACUGGACGAAGGAUGCUGUGCUACGUCUGUGGGGCGAGGAUGUGGAUGGGGUUUGUGUUGAGGAAGAGGCCGAAGACGACAUGGAACCGGACAAGAUCAAACGACGAGACUCAAAGUUACUGGAGUAG